GAAGUGAUAAGGUUAGAUAAUGACGAAUUUCUAUGUCCAGGUUUGAUUGAUACACAUACCCACGCACCUCAGUUCCCGAACAAUGGUCUAGGAGGGAGUUUACAAUUACUCGAAUGGCUUGAUAAACUCACUUUCCCAGAAGAAGAGAAAUAUGAAGAUUUGGAUUAUGCUAAAAGGGUUUAUGAGAGGGUGGUGGAAAGGACUUUGAGAUCUGGGACUACCACUUCAUGUUACUAUGCUACUAUUCACGUAGAGGCUAGUGUACUCCUCGCGAGGAUUUGCGAGAGAAGGGGACAAAGAGCUUUUAUCGGGAAAUGCAAUAUGGAUCGAAAUUCCCCUCCUACCUAUAUCGAACCAUCUACAUCCUCUUCCCUUCAAUCAACCCUCGACUUCAUUUCCCAUUUCCCUUCCCCUUCUUCACCCACUUCCCUAGUCCGUCCCAUCCUCACACCGAGAUUUGCCAUUUCAUGUACAUCCCCUCUCCUUCACGGUCUCUCCUCCAUAUCCAACUCUUACUCCCCACCUCUUCCCAUCCAAACUCACCUAUCUGAGAAUCCAUCUGAAGUGGAAUUAGCCAAAAAGUUAUACAACUCUUCGACUUAUACCGAGAUCUAUCACUCUCACGGUCUUUUGAGAAAAGGUACAAUACUCGCUCAUUGUGUCCAUCUGGAACCUUCGGAACGAAACCUAAUAGCUGAAUGCGGAGCGGGGGUCAGUCAUUGUCCAACUAGCAACAUUAAUCUUCUUUCUGGUUCUUGUCGCGUUGUCGAGUUGUUAGAUCAAGGGAUACCGGUGGGAUUAGGAACAGAUUGUUCUGGUGGAUAUUCCACAGGAGUAUUAAAUACGUUAAGAGAUGCUUCUACCGUAUCGCGCUGUUUGGCAUUUGGGGAGAAAGGAAGAAGAUGGUUAUCCGUCGAAGAGUUAUUCGCGAUGGCUACUUUGGGUGGGGCGGAAGUCUGUGGGUUGGAUGAUAGGAUAUGUAAUUUUCAAGUUGGAAAAGAGUUUGACGCUUUGAGGAUUUUUAGUGGAAUCCAUGGGGAUGCUAAGGGAUGGAUGAAAGAAUGGGAAGAAAAAGAAAAAGAAAAGUUGAAGAAAAGGUUUGAAAAGUGGUUAUGGACGGGUGACGAUAGAGAUAUCGCAGGUGUUUGGGUGAGAGGGAGGAAAGUG